UGAGUAUAAUAUUUGUUUACAAACUAUAAAAUAACAUUACCUUUAACGUAAUUUAAAAAUGAGUUUUAAGAAUUAUAAAGAUAAAAUCGACGAAGGUGAUACAGUUAUUCUGUACCUAAGUAAUAAUCUACACGCCAUAGAAGUGCGACCCGAAAUUACAAAUAAGAAAGGCGAAAUAGUUGAAAAUGUUUAUCAAACAACUUUUGGUGCAUUGAAAGUGAGAAAUCUAAUAGGUGUUGAAUACGGCAGUCGAGUAGAAUUAUCAAAAGGCUGGGGUCAUGUUCUACAGCCUACUCCGGAGCUAUGGUCACUGACAUUACCUCAUCGGACUCAAAUUAUAUACACACCGGACAUUAGCAUGAUUCUGUUGCAGCUUGAUUUAGUUCCCGGAUCUGUUGUUAUUGAAGCUGGAACAGGCAGUGGUUCAUUAACGCACGCGUUAAUACGGCGCGUUCGUCCCAACGGUCAUGUCUACACGUUCGACUUCCAUGACCAUCGAGCCAAACUUGCUAGGGAAGAGUUUGAAGCUCAUGGUAUUGCGGAGUAUGUGACGGCACAACAUAGGGACGUUCUUGAGCAGGGUUUUGGAGAUGAAUUAAAUGGCAAAGCCGACGCAGUAUUUUUGGACCUGCCAAAGCCGUGGGCCGGCGUUCCGCACGCAGUUAGCGCUAUCAAAGAUGAAGGAGGUCGGUUCUGCUCCUUCUCGCCGUGCAUAGAGCAAGUCCAGAGAACAUGCAUAGCAUUGGAACAAAAUGGCUUCCAAGAUAUCAUUACCAUGGAAGUGUUGCAAACUGAACUCAAAGUCAGCAGGAGAACCGUGCCUGUACGCGAUCUAUCCUUCUUGAAACAUAAGAGCUGCGACAAUCCAGUAGAGGAGAAGCCCUCAAGUGACAAGAACUUUAUAGUGGGCGCGUGGCCGACCAGCACGCCGGGACAUACCGGCUACCUCACUGUGGCCACACUACCGCCGGCUUUUAUUAGAACAAAAACGAUUCCAGCCAAGACAGAAAAUGGCAAAGAUGAGAAUCCUCCAGAUAAAUAUGAAAGAAAAAGUGACUCAGACAGCGGAGAAGAUAAAUUAGUUGUCGACGAAAAUAGAUUAUAAAUAUGUACACUUUGUAUUAAAUAAAAAUUUGAAUUUAAA